AUGUUGGCCCGCAUCGUUGCCCUUGUGGCACUUAUCCAGGUCAUUGCAGCUUCCGCAUUGACGUUCAACUUGCCUGCCAAGGAGAAGGCCUGUUUUUACAUUUUCACCCAGAAACCACGUACCCAGGUGAGCUACUACUUUGCAGUUCAGUCUGGCGGUGAUUUCGACGUGGACUACGAAAUCAAGAGUCCUAGCCGUAGAACCAUCUAUGGCGACACCAAGCUGAGACAGGGAUCUUUCGUGUUUGAGGCUGAUGUUGUGGGCGAGUACGAGUUUUGUUUCUCCAAUGAAAUGUCUACAUUUGCUGAAAAGGUGGUGGACUUUGAGAUCAAGCAUGAGGGCGAUGCUCUGAGCCAGUUCCGUGCUUCGAUGCCAGCUCCAAGCAACCAGAAGCCACAACAACACGUGGAAGGCAUGAAGAGAACCGCCGACGAGAUCGACAGACAGUUGGACGAGCUCAAGUACGCUUUGCUGUACUACAAGACGAGGAACAACAGAAACCAGGCCACUGUGCGUUCUACUGAGUCGAGAAUAUACUACUUCUCCAUUCUUGAGGUGCUCCUUAUGGUCGGAAUGGCUGUUUUGCAGAUCUCCAUCGUCCAGUACUUCUUCAGAGGCUCCAGAAAGCAGCUCGUGUAA